CUCAGUAAUAAGAGGAGGCUGUUCUGGAACCAGAGUGUGACAUGCUUGAUACUGUCUCUCGUUGUCAUGCUCCUCCCACCCCUCCAUUCAUGUCGUGGACAGAUCGACCCCCUGACUCUGGGUCGGCCAAACCCUCAGUGCUGGGAAUCCUCUUCUGCCCUUCUCCUUGAAUUGCGGAAGCCCCGUAUAGCAGACACCGUCAGCGGCUUCUGGGACUUCAUGAUCUACCUCAAGUCAUCAGAAGAGUCCAAGCACGCCAGCCUCUUCUGGGUCCUGGCACAACUUUUCUGGGACAUCUACGUGGACUGUAUGAUAUCUCGAACCCACGGGUUGGGACGAAGACGUUUCGUUGAAGACAAGAAGGAACUAACAUCUACACACUUGGAUCUCAGGCAGGACCUUCGUAGAGGGUCGAAGCAUGAAAAAUCCCAAACUAAAAGACUUUGUUCAAGACUGGGUUGGGAUCCAAGUGUACAGGACUGGUCCCAACAUCUUGCCAAACAUGGUAGAAAAAAAUAUGGUGCUCAAAGGUUACUCAACUAUAUAAAUGUACGUGCUGCGGUUUCAUUUUGUGGCUUUUUUAAGUUCAAUAAUAAACAUAUCUGAAAUACCUGUGUUGAAUUGCCAAUAUCUCCUCCAUAAGUCUUAACAGCUCUUUAUUUAGUUAUGUGGCUCUGUGAGUGGAAAGAGAAAAGGUUUGAAAACCAGUCUUUGUUCUGUAAUGUGAAGCUGAUUUUACUUUGUACAUAAAUAAAUCAAACAGUGUUGCAUUUAA